CAAAGCUUUAAAUGUCAUCCGUAACGUCAUCAAAAUCCUAAAUUAAUUCCAGCCCCAUAGGUAGACGCAUGAGCGCUAGUUGAAUUUCACAAAUGCCCAUUUGGCAUGGAAAGGAAUCCGUUGCGCCUGCCAAGUGUCAGUGGUAGAAGUUCCUUUAUCUAUUCAAUAACAAAGCAUUCAUUCAGACCCAAAAGGUUUGGCGUUCUCAGUUUUGGCCACAUAAUGACCGAGAACAUGACGAUCGAACUGGUAACCCUAUCCAAGUCCUUUGGAGGCGAGCAGCGCGUCUAUCGCCACAAAUCCGCCACUCUCGAAUGCGAGAUGACCUUUGGUGUCUUCUUGCCACCGGCUGCUCUGGAAGAGAAAAAGCGUUGUCCGGUACUGUUCUUCCUAAGUGGUCUGACUUGCACUCAUGAGAACUUCAUCCAGAAGAGUGGAUUUCAGCAGUAUGCCGCCAAACACAAUCUUAUUGUCGUAAAUCCCGACACCUCGCCGCGAGGCGUGAACAUAGCCGGCCAGGAUGAUUCUUACGAUUUUGGUAGUGGAGCCGGUUUCUACGUGGACGCCAAGUUGGAGCCAUGGUCAAAGCACUACAAAAUGUACAGCUACGUGACCCAAGAACUGGUUGAUGUGGUUAACGCGAAUCUGCCAGUGGUUCCGGGAAAACGAGGUAUCUUUGGCCACAGCAUGGGCGGACAUGGUGCGUUGAUUUGUGCCCUAAAGAAUCCCGGACUUUACCAAUCAGUUUCUGCUUUUGCUCCAAUCGCCAAUCCUACAAAGACUGCAUGGGGUGAAAAAGCCUUAACCGGCUACAUCGGCCCCAACCCUGCCGACUGGGCCGAGUGGGAUGCCACGAGCUUGGUGUCUCAGUACGAGAGCACGCCGCAGGAGCUUUUUAUCGACCAGGGAGCAAAGGACAACUUCAUGAAUAAUUUGCUUCCGGAAAACCUCCUUUCAGCGGCAGCAGGCAACGAUCACAUCCAGACAAUAUACAAGCUCCGCGAGGGCUACGAUCACAGCUACUUUUACAUCGCCUCUUUUAUCGCAGAACAUUUCGCCUACCAUGCUUCACUACUGAAAGCGGCCUGAGGAUGCAAUGCCAUUAUUACUUGUACUUUUUCAUCGGUUUGCAUUGUAAAAUAAAUUAAACGUUAAUAACGUA